AUGAGCUACGACCAACCUAAUGGUUCGAGCCAGGACUAUUCCAAAAAGAGAAAGAGAAAGAGGAGCAAAGGCUCCAAGGUAACGUCGGGCGAGAUUGCAUUACCGGAAAGUACAACACAAAUUCCAGUUAAGUCUCAGAACAAAAAGAUCAAAUUUGGUGAUGACUCCAAUGAAGCUAAAACAUUGGAUGCAACCCCCUUGCCAGCUUCGGAAAGCACCCUCACGAUAGAAAAACCAACUGCACCAAAGAGCGAUACAUUUAAAGAAGAUAAAACAAUAACGAAGAAAGAUUACAAAAGUAAACCGAAAGUAGUCAAAUAUAUUGAUCAUGCUUCAGAUUCAGAUUCAGAUGAUGCAAACGAUUUUAAUUUCCUGCGAUCUUUGCUACAGUCAACUGAGAGAGCAAAGGAGCUACUCCAAGUACGGCAGAACUUACCAAUCUACCAACAUAAGGACAAAAUCACUCAAUUUGUGACAGAGAACCAAGUAACUAUCAUCAUUGGUGAAACAGGUUCGGGUAAAUCAACACAAAUACCACAAUUUUUGAUUCCAGAAAACAGAAAAGCUAUAGCUGUAACACAACCAAGAAGAGUUGCAGCAGCGUCGUUGGCAUCCAGAGUAAGUGAAGAAUAUGGUUGUAAAUUAGGCUCCGACGUUGGGUACCAGGUUCGUUUCACCAAUAUGAGCAACCCAAGAACCAAAUUGAAGUACCUCACCGAUGGUAUGCUUUUGAGGGAAAUCAUGUUGGAUAGGGAAUUGAAAAAGUACAGCACAAUCAUUUUAGAUGAAGCGCAUGAAAGGACAAUAUUGACUGAUUUAAUUAUGGGGUUUUUGAAAUCGUUAAUUGUUUCUGGAACCCGCAAGGACCUUAAAGUGAUUGUAAUGUCGGCAACAUUGAAUGCUGAAUUGUUCAGUCGCUUUUUCAAUAAUGCACCUAUCUUGUAUGUUGAAGGUAAGAUGUAUCCAGUGACUCAGAUGUAUGUUGGAGACGAAAGUAAUCAAGAUAUAGUUGAUUGUGUUAUUCGCUCUAUUAUCAAGGUGAAUAUGACCGAACCUGAAGGUGAUGUGUUGUGCUUUUUAGCAGGACAGGAGGAGAUAGACAAUUGUGUGAAAACAUUGGAACAACUAGCACCGCAACUACCUCGAGAAGCACCUUUGAUUGUUCCAUUACCCUUGUAUGCAGCAUUGAGUCCACAUCAGCAGCUGAAAAUCUUUGAGAAAUUACCCAAAGGUCGUAGAAAGAUAAUCUUGGCUACAAAUAUUGCUGAGACUUCGAUUACUGUCCCCGGCGUAAAGUAUGUUAUUGAUUCAGGAUUGAGAAAGGUUAAAAUCUGGAAGCACAACUUGGGCUUGUCUACUUUACUCACAACUCCUAUUUCACAAGCUUCGGCUAGGCAACGAGCAGGAAGAGCAGGAAGAGAAAGUGCGGGAAAAGUGUUUCGGUUGUAUCAAGAACAGGAGUACUUGAACUUGCCCAAGCAGCAAGAAUCUGAAAUCAAAAGGAAUGAUAUCAUCUUGCCAAUUUUGACAUUGAAAAAGUUGGGUAUAGAUGAUCUAUUAAACUGGACGUGGCUUGAAGAUCCUGGGCAGGAGCUGAUUUUAAGUGCUUUGAACACCUUAUACACACUAGGAGCAUUGAAUGAUGCUGGUAAGAUUACCAAUUUAGGGUACAAGAUGAGUGUGUUGCCAUUACCUCCACAGUUGUCGGUAGUUUUGAUUACUGCUAUUGAAAUGGGCUGUUUGGCGCCAGUGAUUGAUAUAGUCUCGUGCUUAUCCGUUGACAAUCUAAUCUUGAAUGUUACGGGAGAGUUGAGAGACGAAAUGAACUUCAAACGUAGGUCACACUGUCCAAAAGGAAAUACCCACGGUGAUUUGAUCGCAUUGUAUGAAUUUUACCAAACAUUUCAAUCUUUGGGUAAAGAGUGGUGCCAAGAAAUGAUGUUUAGUUACAAAGGAUUCAAGAAUGUGCUCAAGAUAAAGAAUCAGCUAAAGGAGUACAUGUUAGCAACUAUUAAACAAGACGAUAGCCUUUCGGAUGACGCAAAGGAUAAACAAUUGACAAAUCUACGUUCUCAGUUUGAGGAGAAAGACGAGGUCUUGGACAUUCCUGCCAUUCUCAAAUCAUUCUUGAAAGGAUUCAUCACAAACACGGCCGUAGGAAUGCCAGAUAGAUCAUUCAGAACUUUCAAUACUGGGCAGUUGAUCAAAAUUGUUCAUCAAUUGAAUUGUCGUGGCUUCAAGAAGUAG